AUGGAGUCGCUAAUUCCGAUCGUAAAUAAGCUGCAAGAUGCCUUCACCCAACUGGGAGUUCAUAUGCAACUCGAUUUGCCACAAAUCGCAGUUGUGGGCGGACAAUCGGCCGGAAAAAGUUCAGUUCUGGAGAAUUUUGUCGGAAAAGAUUUCCUUCCACGAGGUUCUGGUAUUGUUACCCGUCGACCGUUGAUAUUACAGCUUAUAAAUGGAAAUACAGAAAAUGCUGAAUUUCUUCACUGCAAAGGCAAGAAAUUUGUCAACUUCGAUGAAGUGCGUCAAGAAAUCGAGGCAGAAACGGAUCGCGUUACCGGCAGUAAUAAGGGUAUUUCAAAUAUCCCCAUUAAUCUGCGAGUGUAUUCGCCACAUGUUCUUAAUUUGACGUUAAUUGAUUUGCCGGGUUUGACAAAAGUGCCAAUUGGCGAUCAACCAGCUGAUAUUGAACAGCAAAUCAAAGGAAUGAUAUUUCAGUUUAUCAAAAAGGAGACAUGUUUGAUUUUAGCCGUUACUCCAGCCAAUACAGAUUUGGCGAAUUCAGAUGCCCUGAAACUAGCCAAAGAAGUCGAUCCACAGGGUAUACGAACAAUCGGUGUCAUCACAAAAUUGGAUCUUAUGGAUGAGGGAACUGAUGCUCGGGAUAUUCUCGAGAAUAAAUUGCUUCCGUUACGACGUGGCUAUAUUGGUGUUGUGAAUAGAUCACAGAAAGACAUUGAAGGGCGUAAGGAUAUUCAUGCGGCUAUUGCAGCCGAACGGAAAUUUUUCUUAAGUCAUCCAUCCUAUCGUCAUAUGGCUGAUCGAUUGGGUACACCAUAUUUACAACGAGUACUGAAUCAACAACUCACCAAUCAUAUUCGUGAUACAUUACCUGGACUAAGGGAUAAGCUGCAAAAACAAAUGUUGAUGCUUGAGAAGGAUGUUGAGCAAUUUAAGCAUUUUCGACCUGAUGACCCUAGUAUUAAGACAAAGGCCAUGUUACAGAUGAUUCAACAGUUACAGUCUGAUUUCGAAAGAACCAUCGAAGGAUCCGGCUCAGCUUUGGUCAAUACAAACGAGUUAUCGGGUGGUGCUAAAAUUAAUCGUAUAUUUCACGAAAGACUGCGUUUCGAAAUUGUUAAAAUGUCAUGCGACGAAAAGGAACUUCGACGAGAAAUUUCAUUUGCUAUCCGCAAUAUCCAUGGUAUUCGAGUUGGUCUAUUUACACCCGAUAUGGCUUUUGAGGCAAUUGUUAAAAAGCAAAUUGCCCAGUUGAAGGAACCAGUAUUAAAAUGUGUUGACCUAGUCGUGCAAGAAUUAUCAGCUGUUGUCCGAUUAUGUACGGACAAGAUGGCUCGAUACCCUCGCUUACGUGACGAGACGGAACGUAUUAUUACCACACAUAUCCGACAGCGUGAGCAAUAUUGUAAGGAGCAAAUUUUAUUGCUGAUUGAUUUUGAGCUUGCGUAUAUGAACACAAAUCAUGAAGACUUCAUCGGUUUCGCAAAUGCUCAAAGUAAGUCAGAAAAUGCAUCAAAGACGGGGACACGAGCGCUUGGAAAUCAAGUGAUUCGAAAAGGUCACAUGUGCAUUCAAAAUCUUGGUAUAAUGAAAGGUGGUUCCCGUCCCUACUGGUUCGUACUAACAUCAGAAAGUAUCUCGUGGUACAAAGAUGAAGAUGAAAAAGAAAAGAAAUUCAUGUUGCCACUAGAUGGCUUGAAAUUGCGAGAUAUCGAACAGGGAUUCAUGUCACGACGCCACACAUUUGCACUAUUCAGUCCUGAUGGCCGCAAUGUCUACAAAGAUUACAAACAACUGGAAUUGUCAUGCGAAAGUGUUGACGAAGUAGACUCAUGGAAAGCUUCAUUCCUUCGAGCUGGUGUUUAUCCAGAGAAAGAUAAGACAGCAGAAAAUGGCGAUGAGGGCGAAGGACAUGAGGAAUCAGGUGAAGUUGAAACCAGUUCACUCGACCCACAACUUGAACGUCAAGUGGAAACAAUUCGCAAUUUGGUUGAUUCGUACAUGAAAAUUGUGACAAAAACAACACGUGAUAUGGUACCGAAAUGUAUUAUGAUGUUAAUCAUCAAUAAUGCAAAAGAUUUCAUCAAUGGUGAACUGUUAGCGCACUUAUAUGCCACUGGUGAUCAGACUCAAAUGAUGGAAGAAAGCCCUGAGGAGGCAAUGAAACGCGAAGAAAUGCUUAGAAUGUACCACGCAUGCAAAGAAGCAUUACGAAUCAUUGGUGAUGUAUCAAUGGCAACGGUAUCGACACCAGUUCCGCCUCCAGUUAAAAAUGACUGGUUAUCAAGUGGUUUAGAUAAUCCAAGAUUAUCACCACCCAGUCCAGGAGGUCCAAGAAAACCAGCUCCUAUCCAACAGGGUUCAUUGGGUAGUAUGGGUGGUGGAAUGGGUGGCGGCCGAGGUCCACCACCACCUCCAGCAACUGGUCGUCCAGCACCAGCAAUUCCAAAUCGCCCAGGUGGCGCUCCACCAUUGCCACAAGGCCGACCAACUGGUCAAGCGCUUCCAGCUCCUCUAGUUCCAUCUCGAGUUGGCGGUGUACCAACUGCUGGUCUGCAACAACAAAUUCCGCCACAGAUGCGUCAACAAAUUAAUCAGGCUGUAGGACAGGCUGUAACAAACGCCGCUAUGAAUGAAUUAUCCAAUGUCUUCGCCAACCGAUUCAAUUAGAGUCAGAUCGUAAAUAUAUCAACAGAAAUAAGAUAAUACCUGAGUAUAAGCAAUCCAAUGAAAGAAUAUAACCGAAAACUGAUACAUAUGCUAAUUUCUCAACACUGACUUAUAAAUGACAGGAGAAAUAUAUUAUUCACAUGUACGUGCUUGAAGAAUUUUCAUCGUUACAUAAAAGAUCUAUAUAUAUAUAUAAUAUUGCUGUUGUUUGUAGUUAUUCGAAAGUGUAAAAACCUUAAAUUUAUCCAUGUGAAUUACGUACAGAAAACUUUGUAGUUAUAAUGAGAUAAAGACGUGGAGGAUGAUUAUGGGAGUAACAUUAAUCAAAUAUAAUUGUUAAUAUGAGUUGAUUAGUGAUUACAUUUCUAUUUAGUGAAAGAAAAGCGUCGAAAGGAGGCAGGUGCUUCGAUUCAGAUGUAAAAGUAAUACGCGCGAUAUAUCAACUGGAAGAAAACUGUGUCUGUAAAUCCAUUAUUUUUUUGAAUUGAAAAGGAAUUUGUAAAUAUAGUAUCCUUCAAAUAUCCAAAUACUUUUCAAGAUAAAGUUAAUACUUAAGAUCUAAUGAAAAUUCACAUUCUACUGUCCUAGAAAAAACAGUGCACCUUUCAAAUAGUCGCAUAUGUACGUGUAAAAUUGCGUUUUUUUUUUGGAAAACUAGUAGUAGCUGGAUUUAAUAUUUUAGUCGGGAUAAGUGAGGACUGGAUAACAUACUUGCAAAGAUUGUAUGUUAUCAAUAAUGUAUACAAAAGAAGACUUAAAACAAACGUUAACACAAAUGACUUGCGAGAGAGGAACAAUUAAUAUAAUAAUUUUCGAUUUUUGACAAUAGCUUGAGUUAUUUUAUGUUAAUGGAUAUUAGCUUAAGUUGUAAUUGUACGUUCGAAUCAGUUUGGAAGAAUUUUGUUUAGAUAAUAAUAAGGGCAAAGUGAUUAUUUCAAUGAUAAAAUCGCAUUCAAUUUCCUUAUCUGGUUAAUAUUUGAAUGAUGAAAAUUUCAUCAAAAGGUGAAUUGGAUUAUUUAGUUGUUCCCACAUUCCCAAAUAGCAAAACACCCUAAAAUUCUAUUCUAAAUUAUUCAUUGUCGCAAAAUAUGGAUAUUCAACAUUUUGAUGCUCUACUCUGUUUGUGUGAUCUCAGGGAAUGAAUGUUUAAGUGGAAAGACAAUAAAAUGGAAGAAAAAAGGUUAACUUGGGCAAAAGAUGUUGUACAAUUAAAUUACUGAAACUCAUUUAUAAUUGAAUGAUAGUAUCAUCUGUUUUUCAUUAAAUUUGAUUCGGUUUUCAUCACCGGAAUAUUAAUCAGAAUAGCAAUCUCAACAUGGGCAUAUGUAUGAGAUUAUCCAGUUCGGAGAUACAUCUCAUGAAACCUUGCAAAGUGUAGGCAUCAACUAUAUGUCGUGCAAUGGCUAAUAAUGUCAUACUCAAAAAUUGGUGAAAGUCAACAUCCUAUUCCUUAUCAAUUUAAUAAAACCAAGUGGAGUAUGCUUGGAAGUUGAUUGACAGUCAAUGAAACUGUUUGAUUUUGAAUAUGAGUCGUUUGUUGACAUUCACCUUGAAGUUGUUAUUAAGAUGCAGUGAAAUAAAUACACCUAUAUAUAUAGAUAAACAUCUUUAACAACUAACCGGCAUAUCGUUGAAAAUUUCUAACUGGAUCCUAAAGUGUCUCAGUAUACCCGCCCUGAAUACAAUUGUCAUUGGUAGUAUUUAUUAGGUUGGAAACUAUGAAACGGGUGUUGAAUAGAAAUGAAAAUCAAAAAGCGCUAUUUUCACAUUAUUUAUUAUAUUUAAUCGGAAUAAUUUCCAUUGGCAUCUACAACUUUCUGCCAUCGAUUGGGCAAGUCAUAAAUAUCUUU